CCAGGUGGGGCCUUCCGUGGCCUCUCAAGGAAGAGACAAGGUGUGGGGGGGCAGGAGGAGGAAGGAGAGCCCAGCUGGGCUGUACCAGCCUCCUUCCUGCUGGGAAGUGCCAGCUGGGAUGGGCCGUUUUAUCGCCCCACAUCCCAGGCCCUGCUGGGAGAGCAUGAGGGAAGCCAGCCUGGAUAGGGCAGGGUGUGUGUGUUGAGGGGCGGGGGGAGAACAGAGCAGGCACGAGGGCUCCUCCUGGUGAGAUGAUGGAGGAAUGUGUGGCUGAACAGGUCUGAAAUGUGGCAAGAUGCAGGAGCUGGGGGUGUGGAGGAUGGGUGAGGGGCUGGGCAGGGCAUUAGGGGUCAGGGAAAGGCUUCAGGGGCUCCCUGGCCUUGAAAAACCAACUCUCUGACCUUGUUUCCUGGUCAAGGUCAGGCAGAAGGGCUGCGGUGGGGUCCCCAGGGGAUAGCGUGCCCAGCCCCUCUCCCUGCCCCCAGCAUACGUGUCUGACCAGCACGCCCCCAUCGCAUUUCGGUAAAUGCUUUUUACUGGGGAGGAGUCCCUGUGCUCAUUUUGCCCUAGUCCCCACCAUUCCUUCCUGCCCCCACCCACUCCUUUACAAAUCCACCUGGUCACAAGAGACACCAGAAUUUGCGACCUGCCUUAGAGACUCUAGAAGCGUCUUUUCCCCAUCAUUUUCUGAUCCUGAGACCCAAGGGGCUUCCAAGGCAGGUCUGGGAGGGGCAAGCUAUUUCUGUUCUCCCCAGCCAUCCCUCAGCAUCCUGGGGAGGGAACCUGGAUCCGAUUAGCCUCCCUAGGUCUCUGCUUCAGGUGUCCCUCCAGAAUGGAGAUGCUGGACUACCCACCCCUGAAGCGGUAGAUGGGGUUGCAAAAAGUUUAGGCUCCAGUAUAUAAAUCAGGCAAAUUCCCCAUCUGAGCAUGAACCUCUGAAAACUGCCGGCAUCUAAGGUCUCCUCCAAGGCCCUCUGGAGUCCAGCCCAUAAUGAAGGUCUUGGCGGCAGGAGUUGUGCCCCUGCUGCUAGUUCUGCACUGGAAACACGGGGCAGGGAGCCCCCUUCCCAUCACCCCUGACAAUGCCACCUGUGCCACACGCCACCCAUGUCACAGCAACCUCAUGGACCAGAUCAGGAACCAACUGGUGCAGCUCAACAGCAGUGCCAAUGCUCUCUUCAUUCUCUAUUACACGGCCCAGGGGGAGCCGUUCCCCAGCAACCUGGACAAGCUGUGCCGCCCCGAUGUGACGGACUUCCCACCCUUCCACGCCAAUGGCAAGGAGAAGGCCCGGCUGGUGGAGCUGUACCGCAUCAUUGCCUACCUUGGUGCCUCCCUGGGUAACAUCACACGGGACCAGAAGGUCCUCAACCCCAAUGCUCUCAGCCUCCACAGCAAGCUGAAUGCCACCUCGGACACCAUGCGGGGCCUCCUCAGCAACGUGCUCUGCCACUUGUGCAGCAAGUACCACGUGGCCAACGUGGACGUGGCCUACGGCCCUGACACCUCAAACAAGGACGUCUUCCAGAAGAAGAAGCUGGGCUGUCAGCUCCUGGGGAAGUAUAAGCAGGUCAUCGCCGUGGUGGCCCAGGCCUUCCAGACAGGAGAUCUUGAAGCGUACAGUGACCCGAGAUCCUAGACCCAGGCAACUCUCAAACUGUGGCCGGGGCCCAGAGCUUCACCAAACCCAACUGGGGACUGCUGGCAGACCCCGAGGGGCUCCUGGCCAGUCCACUCCCCUGUGGGGUGGUCUGUGAUGACUCUGAACAGAGUCAGAAUUCCCAUGGGCAGAGCCUAUAUACAGCGCCACCUAGAAGAAGGCGCCCCUUCCUCUGGGAGACUGCAGCCAGGCACUGGGGUGCCGGGCUGUCGAGGGGAGUGUGGGCCAGACAUCUGCCCCUACAUGUCCCCUUAGCCAGGGGCUUUGUGAGCAAACCGCACAAGUUGUCUACAGCGACCCUGACCACAGGGCGAGAUGGCAGGGGUCGGGAGAAAUUGUCCCUGGCAGAAUGACCACCAUCAGUGCCUUCUGCCCCUUGGGUAGACUUUGGAAGUUUUGGUUGGGAUCAGGUAGGCCCGAGGGGCUGGGGUCCCAAAGGAUUCCUUAGCCCCUACAGGUAUGGAGAGUGGAAGUUUGAGAAGGGAGCUCUCGUUUGAGACGCUGCCUUCUCUUGAGCGUGUUUGGAGAGCUCAGGCCUAGGGACUGUCAGGUGGAAGGUUCCAGAAGGAGGUCAUUGGUAUUCAGACUCUUCGGGAGGCAAAGAGGCCACCUUCAGGCCUGAGAAGGAAGGCAGUGGAAGGAAGAGAGGUCCCGAAAGGCUUGGCGGGCUCAUCUUCCUCUUCCUGCAGUCUUUCCUGCCGCCUGGGAUGGCCAGGGUCUGGCGGCCAGACCUGAAGGGGGGCUUGUGGUGGUGAGCAGGUUGCAAAGUCAGGUGAGGAGGUUCUGAGGACACCCAGAGUCUUCCUUCUGGGCAAAGUCUGUAAGGGAGGGGACGGACGGGGUAGUUCAGAGUGGCAGCUCACAUCCAAGGCCCAUGGAGGCCCUGUGAGGUCACACAAAGGUACUUGAGGGGGACCAGAGGCCCUAGUCUCUGGUCCCUAGAGCAAGAGGACAGCAGAACUUGAGGUCAGGGUCUCAGGGAAGCCUGAGAUCCGAGAGUGCUGUGUGUCUGACCCAGCAUGAAUGUCUAUUUAUUAUGAUGCCCUAUUUAUAUUAACUUAUUGGUGCUGUAAAUGGCAGAGUUAACUCCCUUUUCCUGCUCCCUACCGGAGAGAAAUAAUAUGACAGCUCCGUCCGCUGGGGCUGGGGCCAGGCCUCGGCAGGGCCCGGUCUGGUCUGGAAGUUGAUGUUACAAGUGGGACAAGCCUUGCGGGUGAAGCUCAGAGAAGGGUCAGGCUCUGAGAGAGCUGGUCAGCUGGAUGGGGGCAGGGGACUCGGCUGCAUCCUGUGCCCCCAAUGGGGCUGUGCUUUGUGGAUACCAGGAUCCUGGCUGCAGGGUGGGCCGGGUGGGUUUGUGUGGUGGCCAGGGGCUUUUUUCCCAGGGCUGCCAUGUGGCUUGGCUCCAGGGGGCUCCUUCCACACUGCGUUCUCUGGCGCCUUCUGGAAUUGUGCUGCGAGGGGCAACGUUCAUCGUCGAAAGGGCGCCCCUGGAGCAGUGGACCACGCAGUCCUAGUGUCUCCUUGCCUGCCUCUGUCUCCUUGUCUCCAUGCUGCGUCUAGACCAGCAGCGGAGGGCCCUGAAGCAAUCCUGCCCCGGCACCCAGCAUGCUCGCACAUGGGGAGGAAGCUCCUUCUCGGGUGGCCCAAGAACACCCACAGAGGGCGAGAGGGCCUGGCUGGACCUCAGGAAGCUGGGGCAGCGCAGGGAGGAGCCCCCUGCUCUGGAGAGGAGGACCAGGAGGCCCUGGGACACAGACCAGGAAGCUGCGGUCCCUUCUGCCCCCCCGCCCCCCACGCCCCCACCCAUGUCUGGGCUCCCAGGCAGGGAACCCGAUCUUUCCUUUGUGCCGGGGCCAGGCUAGCGGAGAAACGCCCUCCAGUCUGGGAGCCGGGGAGGAGGGCGCGGAGCCGGGGCAGCUGCUCAGAGCAGCGUUCUGGCUUCUUCUCAAAUCCUCAGCAGGCGGCGGUCCCAGCAGUUCAGCCAUCGCGAUCAUGGUACUUUGCUCUCCCUUGGCACCUCUCUCUGUCUUCUCUAAGCACUUUACCUACGCCCACUGAGGGCAGGCGGGCAGGCAGCAGGCAGGCCCGGCCUGGGGUGGGGUGGGGGCCCGAGCUGGGAGUUGUCCCUCCCAUUGGCAAGACUAUUUUGUGGCGGGUGGCAGAGGAGACCACGAUACUCGUAUGUUUUCCGACGCCGUCUCAGUGUGGGUCACCCUCGCUCUUGUCCGGGGUCUCUUCCUGCUGCCCGCCCAUCACUCUGCUCUUUUGGUGAACAUGGCUCAGAAGGCUCGGGGCCGGCUGAGUCUCCCAUCAUCUCGUCACCCAGUGGACACAGACUCCCCAUGCCGGGCCCACAUGGGCAGCCUCUGAGGCUGGGAGACCAAGAGAAUCUGCUCCCUGGGGCCCAACACAGCCCCCGGCUCCACUGUGCUCCCACCACCCACACCCUCCCCUCCCUAGCCCUGGCCAUGCCCCUCAGCACCCAUCCUCAAUGCUCUUUCUAGAACCAGUCCAGCAGAUCGGCACCCACUUUGCACAGCAUCCCUGAAGGAUGGAGCCUCUGUGGAAAAAGCUUUCCAGGGCUGGCAGCUGUCCUUUCUCUCGCGUCUCAGCUGCUGGUGUGGACCCACACCUGCAUCCGGGGUCACGGGGAGACUCUGUCAGCAGAGAAGGGAGAAGGACGGUCAUUUUGCAGUUUAUCAAGAGAGGAGUUUGGGGGACCUUAUUUAUUUUGAAAAUUUUUAAAUGGGAAAGCCCUGCUAGUUUAUUUAUCUCUCCUCCUUGUUGUCUUCCUCCUUGCCUUCUCCUUGUCCCCUCCCGGGGACCCUCCCCGACAGAAGCAGGCCAGCUCUGCCCCGCUGGCUCUCCAGAACAGACAUAGCACAUGGGGGUGGAGGCCAGAGUCAAGUGAGAAGUCAGUUUCCCUUCACAUGGUACAGAUGUCCCUAGUUUCUGAUCACCCCGGCCUCCCAUCCCGACCCUGUACCUGGGCAUCUCUCCCGUCUACACCGUGAGCUCGCUGCCUCCUUCCCUGUUUCCCUCCUUCCUUUCUACUGGAAAAGACUUGGCCUUGGGGGACGAAUUCCUCUUUGAUGAAUGUACCCUGUGGGAAUGUUUCAUACUGACAGAUUAUUUUUAUUUAUUCAAUGCCAUAUUUAAAAUAUUUAUUUUUUAUAUUGAAGGAAUAUCUUUUUUUUUUAAGAAAAAAGAGAAAUUAAUAAAGAAUCUGCUCUUGG